GCUUUACGCCUUGUUAAACGCUCGGUUCUACCGAACGUUGGCCGGAUACUUUCGCAAGUCAUUUCGCAGUUGGUCGGUCGUUAUGGCGCCGCACGCUCGUGCUUGCGGUCUCGUUAUUUUUCGUCGUUUUCAAGGCACCGUUCAGUAUCUUUUGAUGCAGACAUCAUACGGAGACCAUCAUUGGACGCCGCCCAAAGGUCACGUCGAUGCUGGCGAAUCGGAUAUGGAGACAGCCCUGCGCGAGACCAGAGAAGAGGCUGGUUUCGAAGCGGACGAUUUGAAGAUUUUCGAGAACGUGAAGCACGAGAUGACUUACAACGUGAAGGGAGUGCCGAAAAUUGUGAUUUAUUGGCUGGCGGAGCUAAUUAAUCCAAAUAAAUGUGUGAGAUUGUCGGACGAGCAUCAAGCAUUCGAAUGGCUUCCUCUGCGCGAGGCCUGCGAUCUAGCGAGAUACGCCGAAAUGCAAGAAGCUUUGACAAACUUUAACAAAUAUAUAUCUCAUCUCGCUUAAAAGUUUCGUAUCGCGGUGAUUUUCUCCUUUUUUUAGCAGACUAUAAAGCAGUGAUCACAAAAAAGUCUUCCACCGGAGAGAAAACUGAGGCCCGAAUUCAUAGUCGCUUCUCAAAUCUUAGAUCUCGUUUUCAAUCUCAAAUUUCAGCUCUCGGGUCUCGAAUCUCCAACCUCAAAUUUCAAUGCAGUGGCCAAUCAUGAAAUUCGGUGUUUCAUGACUAAGUAGAAAUCAGAGAGAAAUCUGAGAGCGGCCAUCCUAUUGUAAUUUUUU